AUGACAUACAGGAUUCAGUGGGUAAAAGAACAAUCUAAAUGUGAUUCUGAUACGAACCAUGAAGAACGGACUGAUGAACAUGAUUUAACAUAUGUUCCUGAAGAAGACUCGAGUAACUCAAAUGACAUUGACAUCAUAUGGCAAAGAGCAUCUCUGGGUGAUGCUGUAAAUGGACCAAAAAGGGAGCAGUGGCUGAAUACAAUCAGUGAAGAAAUUGGUGGAAAACCUGUGAAUAAAACAGUGGUAAAGUGCAAGUUGAUCUUAAAGAAAAAGGUCAAUAGUGAGGGUGAAGUGAAAUAA